AUGGCGGCCGCUCGGAUCCCGCAUCUCCGUCGCAUCCCUCGAGCUUUCGUCCUUUCUCUCUCUUUAUUGUACGUUUUAUCGUCGUGCUACGGCGAGGAACAGGUCCCGCUCAUCCUAUGGACCAGCGAAGGAGCCGCCAUGCCAAGCCAGAGUGCGCCAUCUGCUGGACAUAUAGUGGAACAGCAGCAGUUGUCUUCAUACUUGGAAAAAGCGCUGAAUCUCGGGCCUAAAAAUGUGGUACUUUUUCUACAGGACAAGAUGAGCAUUGAAGACUUCACCAUGUAUGGAGGAGCUUUUGGAAACAAACAGGACAAUGUUUUUCCAAAUCUAGAGAGUGCUCUUCGCUCCUCCUCGUCUUCGCUGGUGCUGCCCGCCGUCUCGUGGCCGGCCUCAAAUGCAGUGAUCGCUCAAAUUCAGGAUCAUCUAGAAACAUCUCCUCUUUACAUGGAUCCCGAAACUCUGAGCCAGCUGAGACUCAAUGCCUCCUCCCCCGCUCUGCUCGUCUUCAGACUUCCCUACGGCAACGGAGCUGAUCUGAUGUCUGCAAAAGAAAUCCUCAGUGAAAAUGAUGAGGUAAUAGGUCAGGUGAUGAGCAUCAUGAAGACUCAGGCUGUCCCAUACACAGCUAUCUACACAGCUCUGAGGCCCUCAAAGGGGGCGUCGGCGGUCUCAUGGGAGGCAGGUGUGGGCGGAGGGCGAUCCCUGCUUCAGGCCAAAGACAGAUACAGAGAGCGAGAGAGGGAGAGGCAGCGCAAAGUGAAGGAGCGCCCCGGGGUCUACGCGCCUGUCGAGUUUAAGGAGGGGGAGAGCACGUGUCUGCUGCUGUGGGCCAAGUCUCUGUCGGUCAGUAUACUGCGCAGUGGACGAUGGGAGGAGUAUGACCUGACCUCAUCCACGUUUGGCGAAGGAGUGACCCCUAAAGUCCAUGGAUCCAGUUGUGACAAGACCAGAGCCAGGCUGGUCCUCAACUAUGAAAACGUCCUGGGCCAUCGUAGCUUCAAGUUAAUUUUUGGUAUGAGCCAGCGCCACUACAAAGUGUCUGCUCGCCGUUGGUUCACUCUGGACUUUGUCGAGCUGGAGUAUGACGGGACCAAAGCCACUUUUAACGGCUCUAGAAGCAUCUAUGCUCCGGCUGAGUACUCUUAUCGCUGUGAGUCUGUGACCAACUACCUAUGGCCCCUGCUCAUCCCCCGCUCCAACAAGGACCCCGCCAACCAGUGGAGGGUCAACUUCCAAGACUUCCAGAUCCAGGGUUUUAACGUGUCGCGGGGGCAGUUCUCUUAUGCCAGUGACUGUGCCGGUUUCUUCUCUCCUGGGAUCUGGAUGGGCCUGAUGACCAGUCUCCUCAUGGUCCUAGUGCUCACCUAUGGUUUACACAUGAUCCUGCAGCUGAGGACCAUGGACCGCUUCGACGAUCCCAAGGGGCCGGCCAUAUCUGUGCCCCAGAAUGAGUGAAAACGCCUGGCAUAUCCAUCCCUAUAUCUGUGCCCCAGAAUGAGUGACAUGCCCAGGAUAUUUAACCCUAUCUCUGUGCCCCAGAACAAAUUAAAUUCCCUUAACGAAUGAGAUGUCCAGUAGUGAAAUGCUCUGCUACAUCUGUGCACCAAAAGGAAUGAAAUGCCCCAACCCAGAGUGAAUGAAAACACCUGGGAGUGAACCACCUACCCUCUGUGUGCCCUAGAACGAAUGAAACGACCAGCCCCAAACACCCCAGAACGAGUGAGACACCCAGAACAAAUGACACACCCGACAUAUCUAACUCUAACCCCAAAGGCCCUAUGAUAUCUCUGCCCCAAAAUGAGCGAGAUGCCAGGGAGAGAACCACCUACCAUCUGUGUGCUCCAGAAUGAAUGAAACGCCCAUCGUCUGUGUGCCUGUGACUGAAUGGACCCUGUCUGCUCCCAGAUUCUGCUUAAGUGGAUUCACAUGGUUUUCAC